GCACCAUGGGCCGGGACGGGCCGUGGCUCAACCUGUCCGGCAGCGCCUGUGCGGCCGGCGGACCCUUCCCUGCCGGGACCGCCGCGCUGCUGGCCGCGCUCAUGGGACUGCUGGUGCUGGCCACGGUGCUGGGCAAUGCCCUGGUCAUUCUGGCCUUCGUGGUGGACCGGAGCCUCCGCACGCAGGGAAACUUCUUCUUCCUGAACCUGGCCGUCGCCGACCUGCUGGUGGGCGGCUUCUGCAUCCCCCUCUACAUCCCCUACGUGCUGACGGGCGAGUGGAGGCUCGGCAGGGGCUUGUGUAAGCUGUGGCUGGUGGUGGACUACCUGGUGUGCACCGCCUCCGUCUUCAACAUCGUCCUGAUCAGCUUCGACAGGUUCCUCUGUGUCACCAGAGCGGUCAGCUACAGGGCUCAGCAAGGGAUGACCAGAAAUGCAAUACUGAAGAUGGUGACUGUAUGGAUUGCUGCUUUUCUCCUCUAUGGGCCAGCCAUCCUCAGUUGGGAGCACAUUGCCCAAAAGAGCAUCCUCCCUGAAGGAGAAUGUCAUGCAGAAUUCUUCUACAACUGGUAUUUCCUAAUGAUUGCCUCUACUGUUGAAUUCUUUACACCUUUCAUCAGUGUUAUGUACUUUAACUUAAGCAUUUACCUUAACAUCAGGAAACGCACAUUACUCCGAAAUGAGAACCUCUCACUGGGUCAAGAGGACUGUGAAAUGAAUUUCCAGGGGAAAAAAAGGGAACAGUCUGUGUUUUUUGUAAAGCCAGCUAACAGAGACAAACAUGAGAAGAGAACAAGCAGCCUUCUUCCCCCAGGGAAGGCUCCAGGGCUUCAGGCCUCGGCCGAGCUUGGCAAUCAGCCAUCCAAUGUGAGUGCCAGUCUUGACCUUCCACCCCUCCAGGUGGAUGUGAAGACCAGGCCUCCCAGGAAUGGCUUCUGCAAAGCAACAGAAAGCCUUGGCCAGCCCAGCAGCAAAGUGGAUGUUGCUAACAUUAUGGCAAACCGAUUCAGACUUUCCAGGGACAAAAGAGUAGCAAAGUCUUUAGCAGUUAUUGUCUGUGUGUUUGGCUUGUGCUGGGCUCCAUACACACUCCUGAUGAUCAUCAGGGCAGCCUGCCAUGGGCACUGUGUGCACUACUCCCUCUAUGAGAUCUCAUUCUGGCUCCUGUGGGUGAACUCAGCCAUUAACCCUGUUCUCUACCCACUGUGCCACAUGAGCUUUAGGAAAGCCUUCAUAAAACUCCUGUGUCCACGAAAAGCCAAAAUUCAUCCUGACAUUUUGAUGUGAAAAGUAGGAAGGCUGAAAAUUAGUACAUAUUUUAUUUGGUGGGAAUACCAGAAAGCGAAUAUUGCAAUACCUGCAAAUAUUUAUGGAAUACUGGUAAGUAGGCAGAAGUGUAGAUAUUUAUGAAUAUGUAGAAAUACAGUCAUCCAUGUAGCUGGGAAAAUCACAGCAAUGAAAAGAAAGGUCAUUUUUCAAAGCUCUUUGGGAAAUUACAGCAACACUCUAUUUUCUGGUAAUGCUGCACUAGUGUUGAAGUGCUGAAAACAAAAAAUAACUUUCAUGGCUAAUAAUCAGAGUUCAGGAUCUCACUUUUAAUAACUGUAAAUAUUGCUGGAAUUUCAUAAAACAUUCAUCUUAGAUCUGUCAUAUCUUAUCCCAAACCCACUUCAAGACAUCAAGAAUCCCAGUUGUUAAGUCUAGGAUGCUUUCCCUGCCUUCACUUAGUGGCAAACCAGACAAGGCAUGACCAAAGAUAAAAAUACAGGAGAAGCAUGGGACAGGAGGCAGCACAACAGAGAAUGUUACCAGAGAAGCUGAGCAACUGUAGCAGGUAAGGGAGCACUGAUGUGAGGGAAAAGGUGAUGGAAAUAGAAGAGGUGGAAUAUUUAGUAGAACAAAGUCCAGGAACAGAAGUAUAAAAGGGUUUUGAGCUUUUUAAUAGGAGAUACAAGAAUUGGUAACUUACACACUGGAAGUGUUUCACUAGGAGUUCCCUCCUUCAGCAGUGACUUCCUGCCCCCCCACCAGGAUUCUGUAAGGGCAGGAAUCUACUGAGGUCAAAACUCCACUUCUUACAGGGCUGAGGGUAUUACUCUGUGCUUUGCUGUAAGGACAGAGUACACUAAGUAGUGCAUGAGAACCAUGACAGAGCUUUAGGUAAACUUCCCUUCCAGUAAUUUUUAAAACAUUUACAGCUGGACCUUUACUACUUCUCGCUAGAUUAAAAAAAAAAAAAAAAAAAAAAAAACCAAAAAAAAAACCUUUCACCUACCCCACCCACUGAAUCUUUCCAUCCAUCAAGUCACUGGUGGUCAAGAAAGCACCACUUCAAGUGUUGAGAUAUCUCCCAGGUUAUGCAUCAUGAGUGGCAUGACUCCAAGUCUGUUACAAUUUACAGCCUUGCUUCAGCCCAAGAGUCUCUGCCAUUGUGCCUGUGCCACACAACUGAUUCCGAGUUUGGAGUAGAUUUGUCCCACAAGGUGUCACAUUGAGCAUCACUAAUGAGACACCUUUGUUCCACCAUCACCAGCAUUUACUACAUAACUUAACAGAUGCUUUCCUUUGCUGACAAGUGAUAGUUACUGAACAGCUCUAAUUGUCCACUGCCAUAGUCAAAAUGCAUGGUAAUACAAUUAUCUUAAAGUUUACAGGCAGUAAAGUUAUCUUCUUUGUAAACUUUCAAUAAAACUAAUUAAGAGCU